AUGUCGGAGGGGCCGCCCUACGGCGAGGGGCAGCUGGCGGGGGACGCGGCCGUGGGGCAGCUGCCCUUCCCCGUUCGCCUCCGCGGCGGCGACGGGCUCCUGGCCGGCGGACAGGGCAAGCGGCCGCCCAAGCUGGGACAGAUCGGCCGCAGCAAGAGAGUGGUUAUUGAAGAUGAUAGAAUUGAUGACGUGCUGCAAAACCUCUCCGAAAAGGCCCCUCCCGGUGUUUAAAGCCUCC